AUGGACCAAUUAGAUGUAGAAAUAAAAUUACCUAGACUGAACGUUAAUCAAAAAAAUAGACCAAAUCCAAGUAACAUCAAUAACUGUGAAGAUUAUUAUAAAAUAACAAUUUUUAUUCCUCUAUUGGAUAGUAUUAUUGAAGACUUAAAACGAAGGUUUUAUGGCCAGGAAAACCAGACAAUUCAAACAUUGACAUAUUUUAUUCCAAAAAACUUAACUAAAUGGUCUCAGAAUAUUAAUAGCACUAUUAGCACUAAUAUUAUGGUACAGAAAAUUAAAACUAGUUACACAUUUCUUCAAGUUAGUGAUGUACUAUUGAUGUCGGAAAUUGAUUUAUGGAUACAAAAAUGGCAUAGCUAUGAUUUGAAAAGUCAAUCUGUACCGGAAAAUGUGUUUCACGCAUUGGAAGAAUGUUGUGAAACAAUUUAUCCAACAAUAAAGUCACUGCUUAUUAUUCUUGCUGCUUUGCCAAUAAGUACUGCUUCUGCUGAACGUAGUUUUUCUACUUUACGCAGAUUAAAAACAUGGAUGAGGUCACGCAUGGGUGAGGAAAGAUUAACUAGCUUAGCUUUACUCAAUACUCAUAGAGACAUAAGUAUUGACAUCGAAAAAAUCAUUGACAGGUUUGCGGCUGGCAAAAAAAGAACAAUAAAAUUGUUGCUCUAA